CCGGCGGCGAGAGCCGGCCUGUGGGCGGGAGGCCGGAGCAGCUGUCAGGCUAAAGUCCGGCGAUCGGCGCGCGGCGGGACGGUGGGAAGAAACGCGGCGCCGGACCGGGCAGUGCCCUGGAGAUGGUCCCCGGCGCCGCGGGCUGGUGGUGUCUUGUGCUUUGGCUCCCCGCGUGCGUCGCGGCCCACGGGUUUCGCAUCCAUGAUUAUCUGUACUUUCAAGUGUUGAGUCCUGGGGACAUCCGAUACAUCUUCACUGCCACACCUGCCAAGGACUUUGGUGGUAUCUUUCACACAAGGUAUGAGCAGAUUCACCUUGUCCCCGCUGAACCUCCAGAAGCCUGUGGGGAACUCAGCAACGGUUUCUUCAUCCAGGACCAGAUUGCUCUGGUGGAAAGAGGGGGCUGCUCCUUCCUCUCCAAGACCCGGGUAGUCCAGGAGCAUGGCGGCCGGGCAGUGAUCAUCUCUGACAACGCAGUUGACAAUGACAGUUUCUACGUGGAGAUGAUCCAGGACAGUACCCAGCGCACAGCUGACAUCCCUGCCCUCUUCCUGCUCGGCCGAGAUGGCUACAUGAUCCGCCGCUCCCUGGAACAGCAUGGGCUGCCAUGGGCCAUCAUUUCCAUCCCAGUCAAUGUCACCAGCAUCCCCACCUUUGAGCUGCUGCAACCACCCUGGACCUUCUGGUAGAAGAAUUGGUCCCACAUUCCAGCCAUAAGUGACUCUGGGCUGGAAAGGGGAAACCAAGGAGGAAUUUUACUAUUUGGAAUUUGGGGAUAGCAUCUGGGGACAAGUGGAGCCAGGCAAAGGAAAAGGAUUUGGGCCUUGGUUAGGCUUAGGGAGGGAAGCCACACCACUGGCCUUCCCUUCCCUUCCCCAGGGCCUCUAAGGGUGUCUCAUGCUACAAGAGACAGGCCUAGGGCUUCUGGCUAGAAUCUGGAACAAAAGGAACUAAAGGUAGGCAGCCUGAGAGCCAUCUGUGACCUGUCAUAUCCCACUUGGCUCCAGCCUCCCCUACCCAGGGUCUCCUCACAAUGACCUUCACAGCAGUUGUCAGAGUGGUUUAAAGAACUGGUGUUUGGGGACUCAAUAAAUCCUCACUGACUUUUUAGCAAUAAAGCUUCUCAUCAGGGUUGCAA